UUGAUGUGUUCUCAGUCUCGUGGUGUAAUUUGCGCGAUACACUCCUCUUGUUGUUCAGCGUUUUAAGAUACAGACUGAUCACUGUUGAUUAUAAUUAGCUUACAGAACAGAUAAAGCCUCUAUCACAUUGGCGGUGCUCAAGUGGACACAGGGUAGUGCGUUAUAAUCAUGAUUUAUUGAAAUGUCUUUGCUGAACCUCUCGUUGUUAUUUACUGCCAUUGCGGUAGUCUUAAGUUAUCAUGUCAAUGGCCAGAGGCUUCUUGAUAACCGACAGCGAACUUUCACAAUUGACUACGAGAAUAACACAUUUCUGCUGGACGGCGCACCAUUUCAAUAUAUUGCAGGAUCAUUCCACUAUUUUCGCGCUUUGCCACAAGCAUGGGGCCCAAUAUUGAAAUCGAUGAGAGCUGCUGGAUUGAAUGCUGUUACUACAUAUGUAGAGUGGUCCCUCCACAACCCGAAGAAAGGAGUGUACAAUUGGGACGGGAUGGCUGACAUAGAGCGAUUUGUCCAAUUGGCACAAAAUGAAGACCUGCUGGUAAUUCUUAGACCAGGCCCGUAUAUCUGCGCUGAACGAGAUAUGGGAGGAUUUCCAUACUGGUUGCUUAAUAAAUAUCCAGGCAUUCAGUUACGAACGGCUGAUGUUGCCUAUCUGAGGGAAGUUCGCACUUGGUAUGCAGAGUUGUUCUCCAGGUUGGAACCGUAUUUUUACGGAAACGGCGGCCCCAUCAUCAUGGUACAAGUCGAAAAUGAAUAUGGAUCAUUCUUUGCUUGCGAUUACAAGUACAUGAAAUGGCUGAGAGACGAAACAGAGCGAUACGUUAGAGGCAAGGCUGCCCUCUUCACAAAUAAUGGACCAGGUCUUACACAAUGCGGGGGCAUUGAUGGAGUUCUAAGUACUCUGGAUUUUGGUCCAGGAACGGCGCUAGAAAUAGACGGAUAUUGGAAAGACCUUCGUAAGUUACAACCAAAGGGCCCAUUAGUGAAUGCGGAGUACUACCCCGGUUGGUUGACCCAUUGGCAAGAACAGCAAAUGGCACGUUCUCCUAUCGAACCGGUAGUUACAUCUUUGAGAUACAUGUUGAGUUCAAAGGUGAACGUUAACAUCUAUAUGUUUUACGGUGGAACAAAUUUCGGGUUCACUGCUGGAGCAAACGAACAAGGACCAGGACGAUUCAUCCCGGACAUCACAUCAUAUGAUUACGAUGCACCUUUGGAUGAAUCUGGAGAUCCGACACCAAAGUAUGAAGCCAUUCGGAAAGUGAUUUCGGAGUUCUUCCCCGUACCAAACGGCCCAUUACCAACACCAACACGGAAAAUGUCCCUGCCCUCCGUUAUACUGAGACCAGUUGACAGCCUUCUGAACAAACAAUUUCUUCGCAAAAUCGCUUCUCCAGAGGUAUUUAACCCUACCCCUUUGACCUUUGAAGCCCUCAAUCAGUACUCUGGACUGGUGUUGUAUGAAGCGCUUUUACCGACGGAUUUAAAAUCAGAUCCACUGAAAUUGACCGUUGAGAAAGUGUACGACCUUGGUUACGUUUUCGUGGAUACGAACUUCAUCGGAACACUUUCAAGGCAGAAUGCUAUUAACACCCUUCCAAUCACGCAAGGCACAGGCGAAAAACUACAAAUCGUUGUCGAGAACCAAGGGCGCAUCAACUUUGGAACUCCAAACGAUUUCAAAGGACUCGUUGGAAAUGUGUUCAUCGAUACAGGAAAACUUCUCAACUGGACUAUGACUGGUAUUCCGCUGGAAAACACUACCAAAAUAAGCGAAUAUAUUGUUCAAAAGCAUCUGUCGGACAGAAAGAAAUCUUCGAAGCGACCCAAAAUCAGCCAGGGUACGCCUAUGCGUCAUGGGCCCAUGGUGUUCUACGGCAAUUUUGAUAUCGCAAGGAUAGACAUCCUUGACACUUAUUUGAAUCCGUCCGGGUGGGGUAAGGGGGUCGUUUUUAUCAACGGUUUCAAUCUAGGAAGAUACUGGCCUCGGGUAGGACCGCAAAUAACCCUUUAUGUACCGCGGCAUAUUCUUAAGAGUACGAUGAAUGAGAUCAUUCUGAUAGAGUACCAAACAAUUAAGGCGCCAUUUAUGACUGUCGGAUUUGAUAAUACACCGAAAUUUAAUUGAAUUGAUUUUGAAUCAAUCUGACAGGACAAACCAACAGAAAAUAAAAAAAUGCACAUUAUAAAA